AUAUAUAUUCCAGACAUAUAUGUGUGUGUGUGUGUGUAUAUAUGUGUGUGUGUACAUAUGUAUAUAAUGUGAAUAUGUAGAAGAAAAGGUCUGGAAUUUUAAAUACGAAACUGUUCCCUACGACCCCCUGUAGGGAGGAGUGCAGAACUGGGAUAACGAUCAAAGGGGAUGCUGGCAUAAUAAAUUUUUUUGUCUGUAACUUUUAAUAUUUUUAAGGAAGAUGCAUUAAUGUAUUAUUUGUGAAAUUUAAAUUUAAUAAUAAAAAUGUACUACCACACAUGUAUCAGAUUGUAUUCUAUGAAAAAUAAUUAUCUCCUCUCUUUUAGAAAUUGUUCAAAAAUCUUCUGAUUUUGCAUACACUCAAGUUACUAGAAAGCCAUUUGCAUCUGUUUCAUUUUUUUCAUCCUUAGUACAUUAGUCACAGUGUGCUUUAACAUUGCCAUUAAUAAUGAACAAAACAAAAUAAAACAAUGCCUGUGGGAUACUUGCCACCUUCCUGUGAAGUUAAUUAUCAGACAAUUUAGUAGGCUUUCUAUGGGGCUGCAGGAAGGCCAGCAGUGCUGAUGCACAUCUGAGAAUAAGAACCAGCCUGCCUACCUUUUAUGUGAAGCCCAAGCCCUCAGUCUUUGUUAGCUAGGUUAACUCUGUGUCUGACAUUCAUGACAUCGCUCCUUGAGUUGACUGAUGAAGUCAGAGUGAAGAGGCUGAUGAAGCUGAGAAUUCUCAUUAGAUGAUCUCAUCUAAGUUGGGACCCCCUCUAAAGAUAAUCUGAUCAGGACUCAGGAAAAGCUGAAGAGCCACAGCUCAAAGAGAACAGGAAUGGGAGCAGAGCCAGGCCAUAUGUGAGCACAGGGAUUGGCGAUGUAAGAAAAACUUGAAAGCCUAGGCCAUUUGUGUUUGUGGAUCUCUGUUUUAAGGGCUGUACCACCAACCUCAUUCAGUCCCUUUCUGUUUGAUCUACAGCUUUUAAUAUUCUUGUCAGUUUUAAUUCCUACUGUACACUUCCUCAUUCUGUGUAUAUUUCUCAGCUUAAAUUCCUGGGAGGGACAAUCUGAUUAGUGUAACGCCUUAGUUUUCAUCCAGCCACAAGACAGAUCCUUACCCAGCCUGUUGGUUAACUGUUCUGGAUCAGAUGCCCUGUCAUUAAAUAACAGAAAACCUAGCAAAAAUGCUUCAAUCAAAAAGGACAUGUGUUAUCAUAUAACAAGAACUCCAGAGCCUGCUUCUUGGAUUCCAUGGCAACCCUGGGACUUGCAGCCUAUGGAUACGGCAUUCGGUAUGAAUAUGGGAUUUUCAAUCAGAAGAUCCGAGAUGGAUGGCAGGUAGAAGAAGCAGAUGAUUGGCUCAGAUAUGGAAACCCUUGGGAGAAGUCCCGCCCAGAAUUCAUGCUGCCUGUGCACUUCUAUGGAAAAGUAGAACACACCAACACCGGGACCAAGUGGAUUGACACUCAGGUGGUCCUGGCUCUGCCAUAUGACACCCCUGUGCCCGGCUACAUGAAUAACACUGUCAACACCAUGCGCCUCUGGUCUGCUCGGGCACCAAAUGACUUUAACCUCAGAGACUUUAAUGUUGGAGACUACAUUCAGGCUGUGCUGGACCGAAACCUGGCCGAGAACAUCUCCCGGGUCCUCUAUCCCAAUGACAAUUUUUUUGAAGGGAAGGAGCUAAGAUUGAAGCAGGAAUACUUUGUGGUGGCUGCAACCUUGCAAGAUAUCAUCCGCCGUUUCAAAGCCUCCAAGUUUGGCUCCACCCGUGGUGCAGGAACUGUGUUUGAUGCCUUCCCGGAUCAGGUGGCCAUCCAGCUGAAUGACACUCACCCUGCACUCGCGAUCCCUGAGCUGAUGAGGAUUUUUGUGGAUAUUGAAAAACUGCCCUGGUCCAAGGCAUGGGAGCUCACCCAGAAGACCUUCGCCUACACCAACCACACAGUGCUCCCGGAAGCCCUGGAGCGCUGGCCCGUGGACCUGGUGGAGAAGCUGCUCCCUCGACAUUUGGAAAUCAUUUAUGAGAUAAAUCAGAAGCAUUUAGAUAGAAUUGUGGCCUUGUUUCCUAAAGAUGUGGACCGUCUGAGAAGGAUGUCUCUGAUAGAAGAGGAAGGAAGCAAAAGGAUCAACAUGGCCCAUCUCUGCAUUGUCGGUUCCCAUGCUGUGAAUGGCGUGGCUAAAAUCCACUCAGACAUCGUGAAGACUAAAGUAUUCAAGGACUUCAGUGAGCUAGAACCUGACAAGUUUCAGAAUAAAACCAAUGGGAUCACUCCAAGGCGCUGGCUCCUACUCUGCAACCCAGGACUUGCAGAGCUCAUAGCAGAGAAAAUUGGAGAAGACUAUGUGAAAGACCUGAGCCAGCUGACGAAGCUCCACAGCUUCCUGGGUGAUGAUGUCUUCCUCCGGGAACUCGCCAAGGUGAAGCAGGAGAAUAAGCUGAAGUUUUCUCAGUUCCUGGAGACGGAGUACAAAGUGAAGAUCAACCCAUCCUCCAUGUUUGAUGUCCAGGUGAAGAGGAUACAUGAGUACAAGCGACAGCUCUUGAACUGUCUGCAUGUGAUCACGAUGUACAACCGCAUUAAGAAAGACCCUAAGAAGUUAUUCGUGCCAAGGACAGUUAUCAUUGGUGGUAAAGCUGCCCCAGGAUAUCACAUGGCCAAAAUGAUCAUAAAGCUGAUCACUUCAGUGGCAGAUGUGGUGAACAAUGACCCUAUGGUUGGAAGCAAGUUGAAAGUCAUCUUCUUGGAGAACUACAGAGUAUCUCUUGCUGAAAAAGUCAUUCCAGCCACAGAUCUGUCAGAGCAGAUUUCCACUGCAGGCACCGAAGCCUCGGGGACAGGCAAUAUGAAAUUCAUGCUAAAUGGGGCCCUAACUAUCGGGACCAUGGAUGGGGCCAAUGUGGAAAUGGCAGAAGAAGCCGGGGAAGAGAACCUGUUCAUCUUUGGCAUGAGGAUAGAUGAUGUGGCUGCUUUGGACAAGAAAGGGUACGAGGCAAAAGAAUACUAUGAGGCACUUCCAGAGCUGAAGCUGGUCAUUGAUCAAAUUGACAAUGGCUUUUUUUCUCCCAAGCAGCCUGACCUCUUCAAAGAUAUCAUCAACAUGCUAUUUUAUCAUGACAGGUUUAAAGUCUUUGCAGACUACGAAGCCUAUGUCAAGUGUCAAGAUAAAGUGAGUCAGCUGUACAUGAAUCCAAAGGCCUGGAACACAAUGGUACUCAAAAACAUAGCUGCCUCGGGGAAAUUCUCCAGUGACCGAACAAUUAAAGAAUAUGCCCAAAACAUCUGGAACGUGGAACCUUCAGAUCUAAAGAUUUCUCUAUCCAAUGAAUCUAACAAAGUCAAUGGAAAUUGAACUCUAGAAUGUCUCUAGAAAACAUAGCUUCUUACUGAACUUGAACAUUUUUACAACAUUCACUGUUUUUUGUUUUGUUAGCUAAUAAUCUAUAAUAGUUGAGUAUCUCUGGGAAUGGGGAGGGAAAUUAUAUGUAAUAGAGCUUAAAAAUAAAGUGUCAAUUUCCAAGGGCUA